AUGGACCUGGCGGUCGUUCCUUAUAGCUCGCCUUUGACCUUCGCCUCUGGCGGGUCACUGGUGGGCUGGGAGGACACCCAAGGGGUACCUGGACUUCUCCUUAGCCUGUGCUUUUGCCUGCUGGGCACGGCCGAGCUCAGCACCCGUGGUAGGCCGGGCCCCGCCGACGCCUGCGCAUUCCCCUUUGGACCGGUGGGCACGGAUUUCCCAGAGGGCUGUGAACUUCGUUCGGAGCCGGAGGCGGCUCUCCCUGGCCUUUGCCAACCUCGGGAACUACAGCCUCCGCAACACCACCGAGCCCCGCUCUUCAAAAUGGACCCGACCGACGCGGAGCUGGCGGCGAUAGCAGACCUACCGGGAGUGUUCACGUGGGCAGGAGUGACAGGGGCCUUGGAGCGAGCACUGCGGGCGGCAUUGGGCGACCCAGCUCGCGUGCGAGAGCUAGCCCUCGUCCCUAGAGCUGCCUGGGACACCAUGGUGAGCACCCUGCGAGUGGCAGGACCAGCCGACUCCGACGGCAAUCCAGGCCCGCCCCGGGACUUGACCUUGGUCGAAAGAGCCAGGAUGGAGUCGAGCCGCCGAGUGGCUUUGCUGCGCAUGGGCAUCCCUCCAGACGUCCCAGGGGGAGCAAGCCCGCCAGCACCAGCUCCGACAACAGGGCCGGCACCCACGGGGAGCACACCGGCGACAGGAGCGAGGAGGCUGAAGUUGUCGUCCAUCCUCGACCCCACCUUGGACGCCGAGGUCUCGCCGCUGGGCGCCGCCUUUUUUCAACAACUCUACAAGGACUACAAGGCCAAGUUCGGCGAUUACCCCAGCCCGGAUGCCGAUCCCUCCUCGGAUCAAGUGGCGUCGCUGCGCCAGGUGGUGGCCGCGGGAGCUGCACCUUACGCAGAUUUCUCGCUGUUCGGGCCUCACGGCCUGCGCCUCCUUCGCAAACAGACGUUCACGAGCUACACCCUGAACGUUGCCACGGGCGAGUGGUCCAAGAAGGAACAGCCGGGCCCCUCGAGCUACCACACGUGGAUGGAAGCUUGGAAGGUGUUCCGCACCACGCUCCUCUUGCUGGAGAUCGCCGACGCGGAGCGGCUGGACGCCUACGCGGAGCACGUCAGGUCGUAUGUCACCCAGUUUUCCGACAACUGCUGGUGGCUGAUCUACAGGGCGGAGAACCGCCUUCGCUGUGAACACCUCGAACGCAUCCGGCGGACCUUGACUGACCGCCCGGAGUUCGGGUUCACCAGCGCACGGCCCUGGAACGCGUGCUUUGCUGCUGCCGUCCGUGACAGCGACUUCUGGACGAGAGAGCUGAUCACGCCCGCGACCCUCUGUGGCGCCGACGAUGGCUCCCCGAAGAAGAAGCAAAAGAAGGGGCGCUAUGAUGGGGAGGACAAGAGCGAGAAGAAGGACGGGGUGUAUGUCCUCAACAGGCCCGGGGGUGAGACAGCGGCGGCUCCGCCUGGCACUUCUCAUGGGGGGCGGUACGUCAAGCCGACGCCGAAGCGGAAGGCAGGGCCGGCAGACGACGCGAACCAGCAGCUGGUGGACAAGACGGCGCAGUCCAAGGCAUCGGGCACCCGACCCUCCGAGCCGCGUCAGCCUCCAGCGCAGAAGCCACCGACGCCGCCACGGGCCAGGCCGGCGAUCAAGCGCAAGAGGCCCGAUGCCACCCAGCCGGCCACUUCCUCCACAGCCGACGGAAGCCCGAAGGCCAAGCUGAAGAAGCACGCAGCGGCGGCAGCCACGGGCAACAGAACGAAGGGUGCGAGCGGCAAGCUGGCCAGCACCCAAAGCCUCCUGCUUGUUCCCCCGCUGGAGACGGCGUGGCCCGACUACCAGCCGCUGGUCAGGGGCCCACGGCCGUAUGGGAUGUGGAUGGAGCAGCCCGCCGACUCCUUUGUGGAGAGGCCUUGGGCACUCAUCCUUUUCAGUGGCCGGCGCCGCAAAGGAGACCUUCCCAACUGGCUGGUGCACUAUGGCUUCAUGGUGUGCUGUGUCGACAGGGACUCCUCGCCGUCAUGUGACGUCCUCGACGAAAGUCAGUGGAACUUAGUCGAACGAGACAUCAUUGACGGGCACUUCUCUGUGGUGUGGGCUGGCACACCUUGCGGCACCUUCAGCCCUCUGAGGGAGGUCCGCCCGGGACCCCGACCGCUCCGCACGGUUGAGCACAUAGAGGGCAAGCCGGACCUCAGCCCGUCGGAGAAGACACAGGUCAAGGAGGCCAACGUGCUGGUGGAACGCACGCAUGAUGCACUGGUGGCGGCCUGGGACCAAAAGCUCACCUGGGGCUUGGAGAACCCGGCCCACGGCGAGAACAAACCGGAACUGUGGCAGAUGCCGCUUAUCCGCCAACUCGCGGGCCUCGAACGGGUCGCCAUCGCAGCGUUUGACCAGUGCAAGCUCGGCCUGGACACGGUGAAGCCCACCAAGAUCCUCUACAGCAGCAACGCCAGUGGCUUUGAAGUUCUGGACGGGCUUCGGUGCGAUCACCCUCCAGGGUCCCAUGGCAGCACCGCCGGGAAGAAGGAGAGGGGCCCGGCCGGCUCCAAGCAGUGGGCCUCCAAGCGCCAAGGUGAAUACACGCCCCACCUCUCCCAGAUCAUCGCUCAUUCUCUGUACCAGGGCCCUGGCGGCGAAGGGCCCGAGGACGGAGAGGGACAGGGAGAACAGCCAGGCCUUGGGCGGCAUGCGAAACCCCCGCCGUUCACUCCGCAGGCUGCCCAAGUCGAGAAAGGUGGGCCGGGCCAUUCACAAGCUGCUUCGAAGCUCCAUGCCGAGCUGGUCGAACCGGCGCUCGCCAUCCUGGAGGGGAGGAAGCCGGAGGAGUUCGACACGGAUGUGAUCGGCAAGAUCCGGGCAGCCGUGCUCACAACAUUGGGGGCCGACGCGCGGGCCACGACACGCGAACGCACGGCCCCAGCGAGCACGCCACUUCGGGCCGAGAUCUUUGAGGCCUGGGGCAAAGCCACAGACGACCCAGACUCGGCAACACUGGCCGGCUGGCUCGACCACGGGGCGCCCCUGGGCUUGACGGAGGACAUCCCUUCCACCGGGGUCUUCCCACCGGUGGUGCCUCGGGACCUAAAGCCCCACGAGAAGCUCGACCGCAGGGUUCUUGAGGGCUGGUCCAACUACAAGUCGGCCGAGGAGGAGGCACACGUGCUGGAGGAGCUCAUCACCGACUACGAGAGAAGAGGGUUCUGCACGGUGGUUUCCACCCUGGAGGAAGCCAUCGAGAUCUUGGGCGGCCCGCCCGUCCUCAACCGACUCGGCGUCCUGGUGAAAGAAAAGAAGGACGCACAGGGCAACCUUGUGCGAAAGGCCCGGGUCAUUUGGGACCUGAAAGAGUCACAGGUGAACAAGGCGUGCAACCAGGGAGAAAGGAUUAUCCUCCCUAGGCUUCUGGACGUGGUGGCCUCCCUCUUGGCGGCCUAUCGGAGGGGCCGGCCACCCUUCCUGGCGUGCAUCGACAUCCGGGACGCCUUCAUGAAUAUACCAGCCGGGAAGGACCGGCGCUUCACGGUGGCGGCCGUCCCUCGGAAGCGGAACCGAGGCAAGAUGCACAAGCUGGUGCUCUUUAACACGUUGGUGUUUGGAUCGGCGUCCUCACCAACCGUGUGGGGACGCGCCGCAGCGUGGCUUGGAAGAACGACGGCAGCCACGGGGCCAGCCGACACCCAGGUGUACGUCGAUGAUCCGGUCUUCGUGCUGGACGGGCCGCACUUGAAGGUCGCCGCCUCGGACCUGACGGUGGCCUUGCUUUGGGCCGCCGUUUCAGGCUACCCCGUCAAGCUUUCGAAAGCCUGUGGUGGCAAAGACUUGGAAUGGGUGGGCGCGAGGAUCCGGUGCGUCGACGCGGAGGAGGCAGUGAUCGUGACCCUGCCGGCCUCCAAAAUUCAGGCCCUCCUGCAGGACACCGACAAGUUCCUGGGCCGAUCAGUGGUGGGAUCAAGGGAGCUACGCUCCUUCACGGGGGCCCUCUCUUUCGUUGCGGGCCUGGUGCCGCACUUGCGGCCGUUCCUGGCUACUUUCUGGGCGGUUUUGACCAGGCAUGAUGUGACGGGUGAAGGUCGGCAUGCUUUGUCGACCCGAAGGCUCAUACAUGUCAGGCGGAUCCGCCCGGCACUCUGCUGGGUUCGGGCGCUACUAGCCGGAGGCCCCGCCAUCGAGAAGAUCUUCUACGCCAACCCGCCCAAGGUCGACCUGGAGAUUGUCACCGACGCUUGCCCAUGGGGGAUGGGAGGAAUAAGGAGAGAAGGGGGGCGUCCCACGGCCUACUUCUACCUCCACAUCCCAGACGUCGUCCUCCGGAAAUUCGGGGCGGAGCGGGGCCUGCCGAAAUACAACACGCUGUGGGAAGGACUGGCCCUUCUGGUCGCCUUCCGCUUGUGGCUGCCUUCCCUCGUUCACGGCGCCACAUUUCGGGCCAAGUCGGACAACCUCGGGUUCCUCAUGGCACUUGCCAAGGGAAGCGCAAGGUCGGCGGACCUCAAUGUGCUUGCUCGAGAGUUUGCCUUCGACCAGGCGACGCGGGCCUACCACGUGAACGGUUUGGUCCACAUCCCCGGCGUCACGAAUGUGCAGGCGGACGCCCUUUCUCGCCAGUUCGCUCCUGAGGCAAAACGCUUCCCAAAGGAGCUUCUGGAGGUUCCUCGUGACGAGGUCCUCAUCAACGAUCACUUCUGGCAAUGGGUGGCUUGGUCAGUGUGGGCAGGGCUCGAGCCUUAUCCCCUAACACCCGACGGAAUGUACAUCGUCAUGGGUGGGCUCAAAGAGGCAGGCUACCGUUCAGCGAUGCAAUACCUGGACCUUGCCAAGCAAGAACACGUCCAGAAAGGACACCCAUGGACGGACCAGUUGGCCCUAGCGUAUCGGGUUUGCUCGCGCUCCUGCAAGCGAGGGCUUGGUCCAGCCAAACAGGCGGCGGCCCUCCCGCUUGACAAGCUGGCCGGGUUAGACCAGUCACGCUGUCAAGUCCCCUCGGGACCGGCGAGGCCAGUCACUUCCACUAUAGUGGCGUCCUGGUGGCUCUUACGUGAGCUGGAAGCGUCCCGCGCCAAGGUUCGGCACAUUACCCUGGACUUCGGGGCGAAAGUAGCCGCGUGGUUGCUACCGUCGUCCAAGACGGAUGUGGCAGCGCUUGGGGCCACCCGCAAGCACUCUUGUUCCUGCGCCGUUUUACAUCCAGACCUUUGCCCUUUUCACACCCUAGCGUCUCUGGUACAGGGAAAACAACCGGAAGAUCCAGUUUUUGUGGACCUGGAUGGAUGCCCACCAUCAAAGCAUGGGUGGGCCGACACGUUCCAACGAAUCGCGGCUCUGCUGGGGCUCCCGUUGUGCCAUCACAACGGAGCUCGGGCUUUCACUGGCCACACGGCACGCGCUACAGGAGCGCAGUUCCUAGCCUUUAAAGGAAUCGAAAUUUGGCGCAUCCAAAUUUUUGGGAGGUGGGGAAGCGAAGUGAUUCUCCGGUACGUCCGCGAUGCCCCUCUAGCACAGCUGAACGAGUUGGCCAUCGAGGCUGGCGACAGGGAAACCUUAGCCAAGAUUCGCAGCGAUCUGGACAGGCUUAUGCGGGAGGUCAGACCUUCACUGGCAAUCCCCGAUUCCAGUUGGCACUUUGAGUGCCAGGUCAGGGGCGCGCCGGCGUCAGGCCCGGCGGCCAUCCACACUAGCACGGCCAAGGCCCUCGUCCUCAAUACGGCUCGGGGUGGCAAGCUUCACAAAUGCCUUAGCGAUUUCAGCUCACCCCAGGUGGCGCUGAACCCGAGCUCGUGGCGUACCUGUUGUCUUUGGCCCUUCGCGUCAGGCGACAAAUCCUUUCAAUGGGAGAUGCAAACAUUGCUUCCCCAGCCAGAGGCGGGCUCCGUCGGAAUCGGAGUCAAGCUCCUCUUCCUCUUCCAACUCGAGCACAAGCUCGAGUGA